AUGGACCAUUCAAUUUCCAAGUAUGAAACUCUCCUUCUCUUCCUUGUGGUACCACUACUACUCCUUUCAAUCAAACAAAUCAACUCAAAGAGGAAGAAGAAGAAGAAGAAGAAGAAGAAGAACAAAGAACUCCCUCUGCCUCCAGGCCCAAAGCCAUGGCCGCUCCUCGGAAACAUCCCACACAUGACCAGAAAAGUACACAUCACCAUGUCCCAAUUCGCCAAAUCCCACGGCCCCCUAAUCUCACUCAAAUUCGGCGCGCAGGUAAUCGUCGUCGCCUCUUCUCCGGCAGCCGCGGCCGAAAUCCUCAAAACCCACGAUCGUAUCCUCUCGGCUAGAUACGCAUCCAAAUCCAAUCCGUUCAAACUCAGCGACAUCGACCGGAUGGCGAUCGCAUCCGCCACGACGUGUAACGACAGCUGGAAGUCCCUUCGCGCGCUCUGCAGGACGGAGCUUUUCUCCGCCAUAGCGAUCGAGGCGCAGGCCGCCGUCAGGGAGAGGAAAGCCGGUGAAAUGGUCGAUUUCUUGGCCGCUAGAGAAGGGAAAGUUGUGGACGUGGGGGAAAUUGUCUUCGCCACCGUUUUCAACUCGCUGUGCAACCUUUUCUUCUCAGAGGACUUGCUGGUCUUGGAAGAUCGGAAGGGGAAAGCUAGUGGGUUGAAGAGCAAUAUUUCAAAAUCAUGGAGCUUGUAG